AUGCUUGUCGAAGAGGCUUUCCAGCAGCAUGACUGUUCGUCGCCUGAGAUGACAGAAAGAUCAGCGUUGUGCUACAGCCAAGCUUCGAAAAGCUUGUAUUCUAAUGCUAAUCCAGAGACGAGCAAACGCCCUACGGCGAGCGUGUACGCUCGGAAUGGGCGUCCAAAAGUUUCCCAGGCCGCAAUGUUAGAACUGUCCCAGCUCCUUCCCAACCGUGAGAUUGGUUACUUGCUCGUGGACAACUAUUUUGACAAGAUCCAUUGGUACAUGUUGCUCUUCCACCAGCACGAAUUCAGAGAUGCUCUAAAUUCUCUCUAUCCGGACACUAGUUCUACUGCUCCGGCUAGUGGUCGACAGGAUGAGUCCACGACUGGGUACAUUAGUGUGCUUCUUGCCGUAUGUGCCUUGAGUCUUCGGUACACCAGUAGCGCGCAACGAGAGCAACUGGCUAAGCACGGCGUGAAUGUAGAGUCACUGCGAGAAUCAAUUUUGAACAUUCUUAGACUGAGGCUUCUUGAUAUUCUCGCCCUUGGGUCUCUAGAAGCAGUUCAGCUAUGUGUCCUCUUAGGUAGCUAUUACCUAUACCAUGGCGAGCCAGAGCUCGCUUGGCCCCUUUGUGGCUGUGCUCUCAGACUCGCCCAAGCACUUGAAUUACAUCGACGUCCUGUGCCUGGCAUGGUGUCUCAGCAUGAGACCGAAGUGAGAAAGCGCUGCUGGUGGGCUGUACAUGAGAUCGAGACCUACUGCUCUAUGAUCUACGGAUUUCCACUCAGUAUGUCCGAUAGCGAUUGCAAUACCGAGCCACUGGAUCCAAGUGACCAAUGGUCUAUUGCAGCAGAUGGGCAGCCAUCAUCUUCUCAGCAACCCACACUCUUAGUUUACAAGUGUUCUAUGUCUGUUUUGUCGAGGAUUAUAAAGUCUGCAUUGGAAGACCUUUAUAGAUCUCGACAGAAACAGCACAGAUCUGAUAUCAGUGCUGUUCAAUACGACACGCCCAUGAGGCUCCAGUUCAUUACGAACAGAAUCAGGGCUCUAAAUACAGAGCUCGUAGCAUGGUACGAUAACCUCCCUCCCAAGCUCAAGAUGGGCAGGCUAUCGGGUCAGCCAGCACCAGAGGCUGUAGGAGGUCUGGCGAAUCAUACGGAAAGUCACGUCUCCUUUGAUGAGAAGUUAUUCAAGUUACAAGCUCUCGCAUUGAAGCUAGCUUUUGAAAACGCCAGGAUACUGAUUCACCGGCCUCUUCUUCUACGAAAAGACGGCGAAGCAGGGGAAUUUCCCUCAUCAACUACGAAACCAACAGUAUCAUUACUCCCAGAAAGCUUAUCAACCUACAGUCGGACGUGCCACGAUGCCGCUCUUCAGAUAUCCUGGGCGGGACAUAAGCGCAUCUUCAGAGACGCAUCCACUACUUAUGCCCUAAACUUCAUUGCUUUGCAUCUUCUCACUGCUGGUGUCACACUUGGUAUCAUGACAAGCUUGAAUCCUCUUAGUCAGGAAUCCUUUGAAGCUAAGCUGGGCAUCCGUCGAAUAAUGGAAAUGCAGGUCUCCUUAAAACCUAAUUCCAUUGUGGCAGAUCAAGGACUUCAAAUUCUAAGGAAACUUUUCCUGCUCGUCAUGAAGAAAGAAACUCAUUCUAUGCUCGAUUUCAGCCCACAGAGUCACAGAGUGGAUGAGCGUGGGAGCGUUCAAGAAUACCAAAGUGGAGGUGAUCUACCAACGAGUCUCGCCAAAUCACAUGAAAAUCAGGAUCAAGCCAUCGAAUCUGGUGUUCGGUCUGAUGAUUUUCCCAUCGCAGAUCAAACGCCUGAUAUGACUACUAGCCUCCAGCGCGAGACAUUGACACAGCCUUUUGAAUUUUGCCAGCCGACCCCGCAAUCUCCGAUGUCAGAAGCUAUGCUCGCUGUUGAACAAGCCGCGCUCGCCCUCUUCUUCCUGUACAGCACGGCUUGGAAUCUGCCGCAGUUCGACCUUGGCAAUCACGAGCCCAUCAUGACGACCAUCGCGGGCCUGAAGCUGUCCAUCAGCCAUACGCCUCGCUCGUCGCCCCCCGAAAUUAUGGCCACGGUCACCAACGACAACGCAUUUCCCGUCUCAAUCUUGAAGUACGAGUCGCCGCUUGAUCCGCUUGUUCUGGCACUGGGGCACCUGCAGAUAACGCCAGCUGGAGCGGAUGCGCCUCUGGACCUACCCAAGAUAGCCGUGCGCAGGGUGUGGCCUCCUACUCGAGACCAACUGGUCACUCUCGAGCCUGGUGAGAGCCAGAAGAAUCCUGUUACUUUGCGAGAGCAGGUCGUGCCGCCCGGUGACUUGGCCGGGGAAGUAUCAAUAGAACUCAAAGGAAGGUGGCAAGCAGUUUGGUCGAAGAGGAAGGAGGACAUUGAUGACAGCUCCUUGGAGAAUCCUAAUAUUAGCCCUGAGGUUGAACGUGGGGAAUAUACGACAGGCAAAAUCAAGAUUCACUUUUGA